AACAGGUCGAGCAGCUGUGGAGCUUUUCAACCAAGAAACGCUACGCAGUCAAAAAUGUUUACGUUUUCUCUGCUCUCCAUUUCCUUUCUGCGUCGCUCAAAAGUACAUCACAAAACCUUUUGUUCUCUUGAGAAUGAAAAUAGAAAAACCUUCCAUGAAAAACCUUUAUAUUAGUGCCCACAUGCAUGUUUGCCAAGAAAAGAUUUCACUUUUACUUGCUUCCAACAUCAACAGUGCUCCAUAUAAACACCUCCAGCGUGCUUGUUCAGCAGGUUCAUCGUCCUGCUGCAGCCUAAAGGGAAGAUCAAUUCACUUGACAAUUAACAAGCUAAACAUUUUCCUAAAUACCAAGCUAAGAGGCCCACUGAUGAAACCAAGCUAUCAACAUGUGUGGCCCAAUCGACUUUUAAAGGUUUUUGCAACCCUUGUACUUUUUCUUAGUAUUUCUGACUUACACUUCGAUGUGUUUUAUUGGGAGUUUCAUUGGGAUUAAUGAAGCUCAAAGACGGCAGCAGAGAGGUCAAAGCAGGGUUAGGUUAUGUAAUGUUUUGUUCAACACAUCAAAACAGGAAGAGUGUGCCACAACUGCAAACGUGUCAAGACAUGGUUGACUGACUGAACGUGGAAGCAUUAAUCAGAGAUGCAGCCAAGACGACCCUAGAGGAGCUGCAGAGGGCCACGGCUCAGGCGGAAGCAUCUUUUCACGUGAGUAGAUGAGAAACAAGCUUCACGCUAUUGAGCAGAUGGUUGUCAUGAAUGGAAACACUGGAGGAAACAUGUGUAGUAGCUGCAAAAAAUAAAUAAACCACUUAGAGCAGAGAGUAUUCACUUGUUAGAAUGGACCAGUCAAAGUCCAGAGACUUCAGCUAAUUUCUGGAAUGGUAAGACUGGGCUGCAGAUGAGUCCAGCAGAGGGCAGGGGAAAACAGGUGAGCUUUACACGCCUCAGAUCAGGCGUGAUCAGUCUGGGAAUCAUGGAGAGAGUAAGCGAUGAGUUCAGGGGUGGCUGGGAAAACUGAGAGACGGGGUUCAAACUGCUCUAAAAUCCCAAUUCGACAUCCUGAAGUUGGAAGUUGUAAUGUCACAGAAUGGGGGAAAGUGGCAUAUGGGCAGCCACUUUAAAACGGUUGGAGUAGAAAAACAAAAACUCUAAAAAUACUCUGAUUCAGUAGUGAAAGAUGAAAGCUGGUUUUGGCUCCAGUCAUCCAUGCUGAAACUGAGACCUCCUGCGUUCAAGAUCCUGCUAUGUCAUUGACAGAGAUUAUUAUAUCUCAAACACCACAAGAGGAAAAGUAAUUAAGGAAAUUUGUUUUAGGAACUGAAGAACAAAACAAAACUCAAGUUUACCCUGUUGUUUUCCUUUUCUUUUUUUUUCUUUUAACGGGAGACUUAAGAAACUUCACCACCCUAGAAACAUCAGCAGCCCCCAUUUGAUCUCCAUCAGCUCUUCAGCUAUCUCUUAGGACAUUCACUGAUCUUCAUUCUUUAUUCUCCAAUUUCACCUUAAAUAUCAGAUUCUGGUUCAAACUCACCAUGUGAUCAGGGACAAACAAACUCCUCCCUUCCUAUCCUGGCUGAUUUACAUAAUGCUUACUGAUCAUGUUUGUGACAAACUUCCACCUAAAACUUCUUCAAAUCUGUUUGUGCAGCCGUGGGUUGGGCCCCGAUCACUACAGCUUGCUUUGAGAAAUGAACUAUCAACUCAGUUUCUUAUUCUUGUAGAACAUGAUUCAAGUGCUGAUACUUCUUCUGCUGCAGCAGGCAGAGAAAGUGAGUGCUGCCUGGUCGGUGACCUUUGAGAACCCGGAUAUUUGUGCGUUGAGGGGGUCUUCGGUGGAGUUCAGGUGUUCGUACAGCUACCCAGACGAGGAAUCCGUCAGAGGGACCGCAUGGGACAGAGGAAUGAAUCAAAAUGGCGUCUGGGAACGCGUCAGGCUUUCAGGCCUUCCGUCAUAUAAUGGUCGCUUUGAGUAUCAAGGUGAUCAUGCACACAACUGCAGCCUGGUUUUGCGUGACCUGCAGGAGAACGACACUGGAUAUUACUACUUCUGGUUUGACACAGAUAAGUUUGGACGGCGCAGUAAGACGUCAGUGUUUCUCUCUGUCACAGUGCUGAAAGCCACCGUACACCCCGACAGAGUGAGACUCGGAGACAGCGUGACCCUUGACUGUCAGACAGAGUGCCGAAACGGCAAAAUAAUCUGGUUCAGAGACGGACGUCCGCUGGCAGAACCAACGUUUCAGGCUCAGACUACAGAUACCGGAAACUAUUCAUGUGCUUUUGAGGGGCUAAAAUCCUCGCAAUCAGAUCCUGUGGCUCUGGAUGUUUGGUAUCCUCCGCUGAACGUAUCGGUUGAGGUGAACCGCUCUGACCCUCUGCUGGUCGGCAGCAGCGUGACUUUGACCUGCAGAGGUUCUGCCAGCCCUGCUGCAAUUACUUACACCUGGUGGUACAGCAGUGACGUCUCCAACUCCAGCACCGAGCUCCAGGUGGGCUCAGGGCAGGUGCUGAGUAUUUCCUCCGUUGAGUUGGCCCACACUGGGACGUAUAUCUGCCAGGCCCAGAACCGCGCGGGCCAGAGCCGUUCAGCUGAGCUGCUGCUGGCGGUGGAAGAAACGGUCCAUCCUUUGAUUGUCCUUGGUAUUGGAAUUAAAGUGAUUAUUCUGCUUGUGCUGCCACCGAUUCUCAUCUGGGUCUGGAAGUGUCGGUCUCGUCCUCAUGCAAAGAACGAAGAGAAUACCAGCAAUGACUAUGAAAAUGGGAUUUUUGGAUGAAAGAACAACUGCUCUAAAAUCCCUAGCAUGAGCAAGGAAACAAAGGACAGGAAUCAAAGUAACUUUGAGCUGCCAAGUCUCAACACGUGGACAGAAAAUGCUUCCUGACGCUUAGCUAAGCUGCAUGGACGAUCUGCAUUGUGCAUUUUCUUUUUUCUCUGCAACAUUGAAUGGAUUUUGAACGUAGAAUGGAUAUUUGCUAUUUCAAACAAUACUGAUGUUUUUUUUUAAUGUAGGUUGGUUAUUUGUAUGCUAAAUUCAAACAUUGGUUUAUGCUGCAGUCAUUGGUAGAAAUGGUUCAGCUUUAAGACACGUAACACUGCCCCCUUGAGUUUGAAUUCAUGUCUGCAUAUCUCAGCAAGCAUGAAAAUGUUCCGUCACUUUGCCAAUUAUUAUGUGUUCUCCUAUAGAAAUAUUUAAGAAAUUUGUCCAGUGGUCUCGAUUAGACCCGAUAAGAUUUAUCUUUUAUUAUAGUUUCUUUAUAAUGGUAAUUGAAAUUUUACAGCUUCACAAAUGUGUUGUUUUUAAUGCACAUAACUUUCACACCUUUAAUUUUUCUUAUUUUUAAUUUAUUUGACAUGUUGUACUUUCCAUAAUGUGCGUACUGCAGCUCAAAGUUUAAAAUGAGAAUUUACUGCAUGGAAAAGGUGAAAUGGGGGAAAAAAAAUAAAACAAAAACAGAUAAUAUAACUUCAUUCACACAAAAAAGAGAGAGCACUUUACAUAAUCAGUCUUGGUUGAAAAGGCCUCUUCUAAAAAUAAACUGACACUAAAAUAUCCAAGUGCCUCCUGUAGCUGAUUGGGCGGGAAGCAGGUUUUCAUCCUCGCCCCGCUCUUCUUCAGGCCCUGCUCAAUAUCUGAAACCUAAAGUUUACUCUAAAUACAGAAAUAAAUCUGA